UCUUUCUUUUCUCGCCACUCUUCAUUCUUAUUUAUUCAUAUUUAUUUGGCUCCUGCUCUCUUUCUCCCCUUCCCUCCCUCCCUCCCUCCCUCCGGAUUCCUGUUCUUUCCCCGGAGUGGCUUGUCGGGGGCUCCGCCGCUGGCUAGGCGUGAUGUUGCACGUGGAGAUGUUGACGCUGGUGUUUCUGGUGCUCUGGAUGUGUGUGUUCAGCCAGGACCCAGGCUCCAAGGCCGUCGCCGACCGCUACGCCGUCUACUGGAACAGCAGCAACCCCAGAUUCCAGAGAGGGGACUACCACAUUGACGUCUGUAUCAAUGACUACCUGGAUGUUUUCUGCCCUCACUAUGAGGACUCGGUCCCAGAAGACAAGACUGAGCGUUAUGUCCUAUACAUGGUGAACUUUGAUGGGUACAGUGCCUGCGACCAUACUUCCAAAGGGUUCAAGAGAUGGGAAUGUAACCGGCCCCACUCUCCAAACGGACCGCUCAAGUUCUCUGAGAAAUUCCAGCUCUUCACACCCUUUUCUCUGGGAUUUGAAUUCAGGCCCGGCCGGGAAUAUUUCUACAUCUCCUCUGCAAUCCCAGAUAAUGGCAGAAGGUCCUGUCUAAAGCUCAAAGUCUUUGUGAGACCAACAAAUAGCUGUAUGAAAACUAUAGGUGUUCAUGAUCGUGUUUUCGAUGUUAACGACAAAGUAGAAAAUUCAUUAGAACCAGCAGAUGACACCGUACAUGAGUCAGCCGAGCCAUCCCGCGGUGAGAACGCGGCACAAACACCAAGGAUACCCAGCCGCCUUUUGGCAAUCCUACUGUUCCUCCUGGCGAUGCUUUUGACGUUAUAGCACAGUCUCCUCCCGUCACCUGUCACAGAAAGCAUCAGGGUCUUGGAACACCAGAGAUCCACCUAACUGCUCAUCCUAAGAAGGGACUUGUUACUGGUUUUUUGGCAGAUGUCAGAUUUUUUGUUUUCUUUCUUUCAGCCUGAAUUCUAAGCAACAACUUGGGGCCAAGAGGGGCUAAAGUAGUUGCUGCUCCCCUGCCCUAUUCCCCCGCCCCCAGCCCUUGCCCUUGCCUUCUCUCAUCCCUUCCAAAUUAAAUGGACUCCAGAUGAAAAUGCCCAAUUGUCAUAGUGACACCAGUGGUCGUCAGCGCCUGUGCAUUCUCCUCUAAGAGCCCACCUCCGUUAGCAUACUGUGACAGCAGUCUAUGGACAAGGAAGAACGGUGGCAGAUGCAGCUAGUGAUGGCAAGGCCCAGCGGGGUUUUCCUCUCCCAUACAAUAUUUAUGCCUUCUCAUUCAGGACUGUAAGAUGAUCGUGUAGGGCAUCAUGUCACCAUGUCAAGUCCAGAGGGGAGGUAGUAAGGAUAGAUAUAAUAUUACACCCUUUCCUCUAGGAGUACAUAAAUCAACAGGCUUCCAAAAGGUUGAGACACUGGUUUUUUUUGUUUGUUUUUUGGGGUUUUUUUUGUUUGUUUUUUGGGGUUUUUUUUGUUUUUUUUUUGCUUUUGUUUUUUUGGAGUUAUUUUUUACGAUGACUGUCUUAAAGCACUCUUGACAGCAAAACUUGUGCUCCAUGAAAGAAGCCUUUUUUUCUAGAAAGCAGGUCGGGUGCAGGAAUGCUAGCUAGCACAGAGCAAGGCUGAAAACAGAGAAAACUAGGUUUGGUGGGGGUGUGUACGUGUGAGUGCCUCUAAUUUUUUUGGUGACUGGGCAAUGCACACCAGAUUUUUUUUUCCCCUUGGAAUACAGAUCACCAUGGUGCUACAAUAAUUUUUUUUUUAAAAGAAACUCAAAGAGGCAUUUUUAUGAAUAAAGUGACCUUCCCCAAGGCUGACAAGCCAGGGUUGAUGAGUGUAUAAUGGAAUAGCUCUGGAUGCUCCUCUGGGGGACAAUAUGUACCAAGGAAAGGAGGUCAGUGGCCAGAGGAGAUGUGAUUUGGCUUUGCUGGAGCGCCAGUGUGCUGUGGCCUUUCCCCGACUCCCACCCUAGUACCCACGUUUUGCUCCACACUCCACAACUACAGGGGCUCGGACACACACCCCUGUCACCAGGAGAGUCAGUCAGCACUACUUGGGAGGGCUAAAGGGAAAUUUGGAAUAAAAAUUCCAAAGUUUGGAAUAAAAAAUUCAAGUGUUGAUUUUAUAUUCUUUCCCUUUCUGACACAGCCUGAAGCGUAGGGGGAACAUGUGUUUAUCUGUGGGAGAUAAACAAGAUGGAGUCCCAAAGACUUUAACAAAAUAUUUUUUUAAAAAUCCGCUAGAAUAGAAAAUACAUUAUUUAGAUAUACUUUAUGCUGAGAGUGAGUAUAUAUGCUUGUCCUAUUUAAACUUGUGAGAAAAAAAGUGGUAUCCCUUGAUACAUUUAGAAAUAUAGGGGGCUAUCUUGUUUCAUUGUGGGGGUGGGGCAGAAGGAGAAUAAACGCAAGACGACCCUGUUUGAGGAACCUUAGCAUGGCCAACAAGGGCCAUUUCCAGUUGAUUACCAGGAAAUACAAGCCUUGGGGGUUACUACUGGGGAGGCUGUCACCUACUUUGAACUCCAAAAGCCUAGACAGGGAAAAGUAUCAGACCAAUGGAAAAGAAAUCUAGCCUUUUUAUAUUGCACGACGUGUCAGUAGGAACCAUGCCUUUCCAGAACAGAGCAAAAAAUAAAUGCAAUGAUCAUGUAACAUGUGGAAAAUUGGAAGCAUUCCAGCAAAAUAAGGCUUUUUAAAAAUAGGUAUAUUUGUUUUUUUAAAAUGUCUAUAUGAAAAAAAGAGAGGGGUCAUAUUAUGGACAGACUUCAUGAAUGGGAAUUUGCUACGAAUUGUGAGUAGUUCUGAAUUAGAAAAAUGUGUGAAUGAAAGGCAGCUGUAAAGGCACUUGCACCCUGGAGAGUUGUACACAUGUUGGCAUGUAAUCUGGGCUUACCUGAUCCACUUGGAGUGGACGUUACUGCUGGGUCUCUUUGCACUUGGAGCCCCGGGGGUGGGGUUGCCAGCCUCACAGACACAACCAGCGCUGCUUCCGCAGACGUCAGGAACUCCUCUGGAGUGACCAAGUCUUGUCACAGAAGGCAGCCACCAUUUCACUGGAACAGAAGUUCACAGCAUUGGGUUCUUUUUUCCUUUAACUCUUUAUGUGCUCAGUACUCUCAGUAAUAUCCAGUAAUACCUCUUUUUAUUAAUAGUUACAGGCUUGUUGGCCCAGUGGGAUUUGAGUGGGGGUGGGGGGAGGACACCUGCUAAAAUGGAUCAAUAGUCAGAACCAAAAUAAUACUGCAUGUUCUAUAACCACGAGGAAAUCAAAUGAUCCUGUAAAGAUUCCCGUUAGUCAUAACUACAUUAGCAGUGCUAAUUUCAUUUUAGAAAUGGUGACUUCUGUGGUUUUGCUAGCAUUCGUCUCUAACAAAUGAUAAAAUAAUUACUCAUGGCCCUCUCUGCCACUGUCUUUCAUUUUUCACAGUGAAAUUAGACCCCUUUACUUCAUUAUGCCACUACAAAUUAAGUUUGGGGGAAAAAAAAAAAGGCAAGACUAUCCACACCAGUAGACAGUGUGCUUCUCUACCGUUAAGUGAUGGAAUUGUAGGUAAUGCUUGCCACGGAGUUUCCAAGACAAUGAUUGGUAUCAGAGAGUUUUCAUCUUGUCCAGAAAGUGCUGGUGGCCUUUUAUGGUGGUGUUACAACCCUCCAGGGGCUUAGGAGGAUGUCGAUGCAAUUUUGUAGCAGCUUUUAAUUAAAAAAAGAAAACUCAAAAGUCUGAAGGGCAGCCUUAGCUGCCUCUCAGCCCCAGUAAGUCAAACCCCAGCGACCUUUGCCCCUGGUUGCCAAGGGCUUUGCAACAUGAAGCAGGGAAAUAAGGAUCUGUCUGUUUAGUGGAUACCGUGUAUCCUUUAAUAGACCAGGUAACAGUUCGUGUUAGUUUAGACUAUUGUUUUGUACUGUACUUUCUUGGGUGGCAGAGGAAAGAAAAGUAAAACGUUAAAAAGAAAAAAAAAAUGCGUUCUUUAAAUUCUGUAUUAUUAGCGACCUCUGUUGUAUAUAGUGUUUGAUAAUAAAGUAUUAAUUUGAUUCUUAUGUCUUUUGUAAGUGAGAACAAUAGUCUUUCAGGAUACAAAACAUGCAUUGAGGCUUUGAAACAUCCACUGUAUACGUAGCUGAGAAGAGUCACAAAUGGCUAAGACACUGCUUCAUACAGGACUCACGUGUGGUCAUCGCCCUCCCAGUCUUAAGACUCCACCAUCUUGGGACCUGGAACAACAUGACUUUUUUGAUCCAUAUUUUAUCCUCAAUGUUUUCAAGGUCUGAUGUUGGAGCCCUGUGGUGUUUUUUCUCCCCCCGGGCAUGUUGGUUUAAAAAGGUUUAGGGAAUUUGAUAACAGAGUUCUGUACUUCGGUUUGGUUUUUCUGUUUGUGGUGGUUUUCAUAGACAGUUUCAUUUUUUCCUCAGGAAGGGUUGCCAGUAUCACACGCGGCCCAAGCAUGGGAAAGGUUUCAAGCCAGUCCAUUUAGGAAGGUUAAAUGGGGGCUGUUUCCCUCUGCCAUUGUGAAAGGAAGAGUCGUACAGUACCUGUGGAUUUUCAGGGACUUUGUUUUUCUCUGGUGCCUUAGUAACGGCAGCAGCCAUUUUUAGUAGUUUACCCAAAAUUAAUUAAACCAUUUAAACUCCCCUCCAUUCAUUGCUCUCAGAGCUGUGGUCAGUCGUUUUUCUUUUGAAAACCACCUCCACCAACACCCCCGUUUGCCUACCACCACCCCCCUUUGAUUUCUUACGUUUAUUUUAUUUUUUUGUCUUGCCUUCCUCCCACGUUUUAUUUUCCUUCAGAACCGUGAAUGGGCAGGUCUGUCUCUGGUUUGGCAUCACUGAGUUCUUCCCAUGCAUUUGCCCAAGAGCUGCUCGGAUGUGAGACAAAUCUCCCUACGAUGGGCUUGCUCCCAUUGUCUGUACAGUUUAAUAGAUGCUGGCAUGUUGGAGGUUACCCAUAAGUCAAAAUCCGCUUUCCAUGCUUACUCUUGACACCCCAUUGAAGCCACUCAUUGUGUGUGCGUCUGGGUGUGAAGUCCAGCUCCCUGUGGUCCUGUGCUUGUACUGCCCUGCUUUGCAGUUCCUUUGCACUUACUCAUCGAGUGCUGUUUUGAAAUGCUGACUUAUAUAAACGUAAAAAAAAAAAAAAUGUAAAAAAAAAAGAACCCACACACAAACCAACCCAUACAAUCUGUAUUUGUAUAUACACGUGUCCGUACAAGUAUACCUAAAUAAAAAUUAAAGAUUUUCAUCAUUUUAA